GGAAGUGAAAGUUGAUUGCCAAAUUUUGACAGUUCUAUAAUGACUUUCUCCGAUCAAUAUACGCUCUUUGCUUGAAUAUGGCACAACACAAACAAACAGCCCAUGAAUUUAUUCAGAGCACAUUUAGUCCUCAGAUUGCUGUGCUGUGCAGUAACGAUGCAGAAUUGUUAUGUCAGAAAAACAACCUGUCAUUUGUCCAACUUGUUCAGCCGUUUUGUCGACUGAAGACAGAGGCUCACAUCAAAGACCCAAACAAUGUGCAACACAAUGUGCAGCAUCUACGGAUUGGAAUGGUGGACAUGAAUUGUCAGAUACCCCCAGCAGCUGCUGCCAAGAAGUUGAUGAAUGAUGCCGUCAACAGUGAACAACAGCAGCUGGUCGAAGGGUCUAGGGGAAACGUCAUAACUGUUGGGGACUAUGAUCUUCAGCUUAGCUCUGCCACACCUUGGUUUGAAGCUUACAGAGAAUGUUUUCUGCAGACGUUGCCUCCAUCAGAUCAUGAGUUUCUCAAACAUUGUCUUGCAUGUAUAUUUGUUGUGUCUUCCAAUCACACAGAUCCUCUAGCUAUGUUACAGACGUUAUCUAGCAGUCAACAGCAACAACAGUCACAGUUCCCAAACAAGUUACCACACUGGUUCUGUCCAAACAUUCUCAAAUAUUACGUACUUGUACAUGAUGUUGUGGAAGCUGAAGCCUCAAAAGCUGAAGCAGUUUAUCAAAGUAUGAAGUCUUCGUUUGGCCAUCAAAGUUGCCAUUUACUACAGAUUAACUCCCGGUCGCUAACAACAGUAGAAACUAUGAAAACAGAUGCGAGUUAUCCAGAUCCCUGGGGACAAUUUCUUAAUAGAACUACUGAAGUUGGGAAAAAGCCUCAAAAGGCUAAAUAUUUCAUACCGUGGGAAGGUGUUGAUUAUGAUGCUGGUGGGAGCAGUGGGGCAGAUGAUUCCAUGUUUCCUAGUAGACUGGAAGAAGGCACGCCAGACACAACUAACCAUAUACUGGACACUAAUUCACAUCAAGAUGAAGGUGUAGAUGGAUUGGAUUCAGUGAACAAUUCAGUGCUGGACCAUCCUUUGGCUGUAUCAGAUGAAAGCCCACUACAGAGCCCAACCCUUGGGUAUAGUUCAGACUACCAGGGUUCCACCAGCAGUCUUAACAGCAUACAGUCUGCCAUGUCAAAAUCUUCAUCAUUCAAUAUGCAAGACAAAGGUCGAUAUCCAGGGCACGGAAUGUGUCUUACGGCCAGUGAUCAGGACCGAAUCAGGAUAUUUAUACACGAGUUUGCAGUCCGAGCACUGAUACCCUGGGCAGAAAGGCAAAUGAGAACUCUGAAUGAUAUGCUAAUGUCAAGGACGGGAUUAAGGAAGUCACUGUUUGGUACUGCAAAAAAACUGUUUGGAGGAAACCCAAGCAAAACAAGUCAGGCAGCUAACACAGCUACCACUGUCGUGUAUUCUAAAGAUGCCCCAGAGUUACAGAUGCGGAGAUUAGCGGACCUUGCCUUCCUGUUCCAGCUAUAUGACUUUGCCUAUCAGACGUACCACACUGCAAAACGAGACUUUAAUAAUGAUAAUGCAUGGUUACACUUUGCUGGUGCACUGGAGAUGGCAUCAUUGGCAAUAUUCAUGCAGGGCAAUCAGAGUCAGAGGGCAUAUCCUGAUCACUACAUGGAGUCAGCCAUCACUACAUAUUUACAGUCCUGCAAGAACAUUCCAUACGCAGUACGGGCAACACUUGUUAGUACCGAGGCAUUAAAAAAUCGUGGGAAGUACAAGGAAGCUGCCAUGCAGUUCAUUAAAAUGAUGAGCGAGGAGUCUGAUUUACGGAGUGCCCUGUUGUUGGAACAGGCAGCUCACUGUUUUAUCAACAUGAGAAAUUCGAUGGUUCGUAAAUAUUCCUUCCAUAUGAUCCUUGCCGGGCACAGAUUUAGUAAAGCAGGACAGAGGAAGCAUGCAUUGAGGGCAUACAGUCAAGCUUUACAGAUAUACAAGGGUAAAGGAUGGUCCCUAGCAGAGGACCACAUCAACUUCACUAUAGGUCGACAAUCACACAACUUGAAGCAGCUUGAGAAUGCUACAGCAGCCUUCAAACAUCUCCUCACAGAGGACAGUAAACAAACAGCUAUGCAGCAAAACGCUUUCCUCAGAGAAUAUCUCUUUGUUUAUAGGCAACUUUUAGUACAAGAGUCUGAGGAGACAGGUCUUCAAUCAAAUACUCUACCAGAACUACCCCUCCCUGUACUUGACAGUAAUGCUACAAAAGUCUUACUAGGAUCUCGACCACAACGGCCACAAGGUGAUAAGAUGUAUGCGACAGGUGUUUGGUUUGAUGAGUCAGACACAGGCAGUUGGAGAUGGAGGAAACUGGAAGAGUUACUGGUCUUGGAUGCUAAUGGUGGUUCUCUCCCCUUACUGUACAGACCAUCAUUACAGCUCUAUACUGAUGGAACUGAUAAUAAGUUCAGUCCUGUUUCUUUUAUGAAAGAGGCGAUAACCAUAGAGUUAUACCUGGUAAAUCCUCUCAAAGUGGCCUUGACCUUGACAGAUGUGAUGUUGCUAUGGAGCUUCUUACCAAAUAUUUGCAGUCAUGAGAAACCUCAGCUGAUCACAAAUGAACAGAUGGUCACAGCUAAAAAUAAUUUGGCAGAUGAGAUCGUACAUGGUCAGGUUGUCAAGGAGAUUGUAUUGCAGGGAAAUGACAGGCUGCCAGUACAAAUGACAUUAACUCCUCAGCAAAUGGGAGAGUUAAGAAUUUACGGAAUCACGUACAAUCUUGGAAGUGCUUCAACAACGUUCAUGGCUCCAUCCCAGGGUCCCUCUGGGCCACUAGGAGGUGCGGUAAUGGGUUCGAAAGCUAGCUAUGUGAGCACAGUAUAUGUGCGAGGUAAACAGAAGAUUGAGGUGCAAGGACCAAGGUUAAAUAACAAGAAAGAGGAGAUGGCAAGUAAAGUGUAUGGACCAGACAGAAGGCUGGAUCUUACAAUACAUGAACAGAUGCCAUUGCUGGAGGUGAGCUUUGUGGAUUUUCCAAAGACAUUACUAUGUGGUGAAGUUCAUCCAGUGACUGUUUAUUUUACAAACAAGGGCUCAAGCCCGCUACACAAACUUAAAGUUGCUUCCAGCAAUCCAAAAUGUUUUGUAAUAGGCCAGAAUAUAGAUAAACAACAUUCCAAUAGUGUUUAUGACAUGACGGAUACUAGCUCAGAUUCCAUUAGUGUUAACUGUGAUGUUAGUGUAAAACGUGUGAUUGAUAUAGAAAUACCAGAGGGGACUUUACAUUCCAAUUCAACAAUGAGCAUUCAGCUGUGGAUACGAGGGAACGAUAUUGGGGGUAACCAUCAAGUGGACUUUUUGUUUUAUUAUGAACUGGCAGAAAAUCCACAAAAACCAAAGUACAGAUUAUUACGACACAGUGUUCUAGUCAAUACAGUGGAAUCAUUGAGUGUUCGUGCAGUUGCUCAGAAAGCUUGUAGGCAUUCUAAAGAGUUAUCCAGCAAGGGACAAUUCCUCAUCUCUUGUGAAAUGGAAAAUUUGAGCCAGCAACAGUCAGGCCGAGCCCAUGUCAGUGAGAUUAGAGUACAGCAGAUAUCCUGUGCCAGCAAAAGAUGGACCAUACACAGUCUUACAUCACACUCGGAGAAAGAGACAUGUAUGGGCAGUAGAGAGCUGUUACAAGUUUGUUUAAAGGCCAGUCUACUCAAGAAAGAGAAUCCUUCAAAUUGUGAUGUUACUUUUACUGAUCUAACUCUUCAUGGCAAAAAGAUACUCAGUGGGAAGACUCCAUGUCUAGAUUUUUAUGAGAGGGCAAGAGUGAAACUAAAACAGUUAGAUGAGGAAUCUUCACAAGCACAAACCCCUUCCCAGAUGCCACCUUCAAAAGACAGAGGAGAUCAGUUUGAAUCACUCAAUAGUGCAAUACAGCUAGGAAUGUCUCUCAUCAUAUUAUGGCAGGCCCAUGUUGUAGAUGGAGAUGGUAUGGAGAGAGUUUGUGUAGGACAACAUCAUGUUACAGUGGAAAAACCUGACAGCAUUUUUACAUCGUAUCCAUAUAUCUUGGCGCCAAAGGAGAGUGGUCCAGUGCGGUUUGUGAAAGAAGAAGUCGCAGAGGAGGAGAAGAAGCCCGACUUUGAAGUUUUAACUCAACUUGUUUCCUAUAGUUUACAACACCAGACUGAAAUCAACAACUGUUUUCACAAGUGCAGGUUAUGUUGUGUACAUGUAACUUUAGUGUUACACAAUGAAGCAGAUGCUGAUGUGACUGUGUUAGUCGACACAAGUAAAGCCCAGCUUAGAUUGAAUGAAUAUCCAGAUACGGGACAGACAGCAGAGAGUCCAGCCGGCGGAUUUUCCUGGACGAGUCAAACUUUGAAGCAGUUUAAACUGUCAUCAAAACAGACUGAGAGGAUAUCACUAUCAGUGUCGUUCAGCAAGCCGGGAGUGUACAAUAUCAACAACUUAGCUGUAUUUGUGUCAUACCAACAUGACACUGCCGAAAUGACACUACAAAAACAAACAAAACCCAGUGUGAUCACAAUACGAGAUGUACCUUCCUGAAUUUUACUUUCACUUUAGAAUAUCUUUGCCUUUCUCCCACAGCAUAUUAAGUAUUAAUUUGUUGGCUGAACAUAAAACUAUUGUAACUGAAAAAAAAAAUAAAGAACAAGAUACAAUAGUUUCACACUCAGCCCUCGAAAUAUGUUUGUCCGGUUAUAACGUGCUAUAAAUACCCUGUUUUAAACACCGGUCUUCGAUUUUGUUGAUGAACAGCUCAAAUUCAAAUAAAAAUUGUAUUGAUAAAUAAUACAUUUUAAUUACAUAACAGUGAAAUAUUGCUUAUUGGAGCAUCCAAAAGUGGAGUGCUUGGGCUCACUUGAGAAGUUCUUGUGGUCCCCUAAAUUUUCCUAAAAGUUUUAUGUUUAUUGCUCAAAACCCUUGAUAACUUGAGUAUUUUACUCAUCCACUUGCUGCGUUGUUAACUUGUUUUCUAUUCUGUUAGAAAGUUUUUAAUACAUUUUAAUAUACAGACAAUUGCGUCUUAGUAUCUGGCUAUAUACAUGUAAAAUUGCAGAAAAUGUAUAGGCAGCCAAUAGCUGAGUCAGAUUGGCAUCAAAAUAGUAUUCUGAGGUCCCUUCGUCAAAGAAAUAACUAGUCAGUUCCAGCAGAUCUCUCCAUGCAAAAAGAACACCAGUGUAAUGACAGUAUCUGAGUUAGAAAUUCUCUUGAGUGAUUAGAUAUGAAAUAGAGUUACAUACAGUAUAAGUGAUACUGUUUAUUAGCUGUUGCAGACAUGCAUCUAGUGAAUUGAUAUAUCGGUGAUUGCUUUUGAUGUUUUUGCAUUUUUGAAAUUGGUGUCAAGUUGCCUAAAUUACAUUUUUGUUUUGAAAGAUAAAACUGAGACUGAUGACAUGAAAGCUAAGGACCCUAUCUGUUGUUUGUUCUGGUCUGCCAUAGGACUAAUUCUUUUGAAUGAAGUGUCAAAAGAGAGUUAUUGUUUCUAUGCAGAUGUUUGCAUGGGCUUGAUAAAGAGACCAGUCUCUUAAGUCCAAGAGCUGAUUGGUUGCUUGUGAGCUCAGUCAUGAAAUUGGCAAAGUUUCAUUCUUAGUCUGGAUUCCAGAUUUUAUUUUGUAAUCCCAGAGCCAGCCUUCCAGUUUCAAUUGAGUGUAAGUGAUGUAAUGCAUUUGCUUCUUGUGGUGGUUUGUCCAAACACCAAACUUGACUUCCACCCCACCUCAGUUUUAUAUGAGGAAGCUGUCGACAAGUUUUUACUAGUUUGAAGUUUUAAAGUUACAAUAAUUAUAUGAUAGAAAAAUUCUACAGUCAUUAAUGAGCAUUGUUAGUUUACUGAAGUAUAAUUCUUCUUUACUCAGCAGUGGUAAAGGGCUCUGACUUCAAGUCACUCACGGGACACCAAAGAACUUGUAUUGUAGAAUUCUUUCAUGUGAGGAAACUACGCUGCUAACUUAUAAAUGGUUGAUCAGGUGUUUACCCAUGCUCAAAAUAAUGUCUAGAGGGGCACAAAGUGUUUUUCUCCACUAUUAAAACAAUUUUCUCACGGGGUAAAAUUUUUCAACAUGCUGAUAUCAUUCAUGUUAAGUAUAGGACAAUAUAAAAUGACAGAAUCAAAACAAGGGAAUAUACUUGCAAAAAGCAAAAUAAAUUUGACUUUCUCCAUUAUUUCAAAAGUGUUGCAGUGAUUUAUAAGGAUAUCUUGCAAAAUUCAUAUGUCAGCAAGUUUGUAUCGUUGGUCACUUUCACAGCAUUUUCAUUUUAUCGAUGUUACGAGAGAAAACAAAGAUUUUGUCUAAUAAGUCUGAACAAUUUGCUUUGAAGCUAGAAAUUUCCCAUAAAAUUGUGUCUGUGAUACUUCCAACUAAACAAAUAACAUAAUUCUUAAUUGAUACACACUGUAAUUAAACCCAACAAAAAUGAAAAUGAGCCCUGCCAUGAGAAAGCCAGUAUAGUGCGUUUGCGACCAGCAUGGAUGCAGACCAGCCUGCGCAUCCGCGCAGUCUGGUCAGGAUCCAUGCUGUUUGCUUUCAAAGCCUAUUGCAAUUAGAGAAGCUGUUAGUGAACAGCAUGGAUCCUGACCAGACUGCGCAGGCUGGUCUGGAUCCAUGCUGGUCGCAAAUGCACUUUGUUGGUUUUCUCAUGGUGUGGCUCAAAUAUGAUUGUUUUUGCACUACAUCUGUCUACUUUCAUAUAACCCCCAUCAUACUUGUUACCAAGUUUCUAUAGGAUCAGCUUAUCAUUCCAUGUUGGAUCAACCCCAAAAAGGAAACUGUCUUUUGUGAUGUUUGUACAAGUAAAUACAUUACAAGAAUUGAUGUAAUGCAUGUUGUUUAAGAUAAUUGAAUUACAUCAACAUUUCCAUUUAGCCCUUCAAUUUCUUUAUGUGCAAUAUUUUGUUAUUUCUUGUUGUAUGCUACACUGGAUAAAAUUGAUUACCAUUUUAUCAUCCAGGACCUUGAAACUGUGGGAUGUUAGCUAUUUUUAAAAUGGAUUUUUUACAUGUAUAUCCCUGAUGAUAUGCAGCAAAUGUUACAUUACAUGAACAUUUAUAGAAGUUUAAAAGUGCAUGACUCCAGAUAUACAGUCAAACCCAUCCAUAAAAAACACCCUGGGGAAAUUUAAGAAAUUUGAUCUUUGUUGGCGGGUAUUCUUUCAAAACUGGUACACUUACACUGUUUUGGGUGGAUGGGAAAAGUAUAAGCAGGGGCCUCCAUUGGAGGUGGUGUUUAGCACACUGUCAGGUUUGUCUGUAUAGAUGGUAACAGUAUCAAACUUGAGACAGGAAAGACAAGUCAGUAAAAUGUUUAUGAGCCAGUAUUGUUUUAGUUGGUAUUUUCCGAGUACGUUACAAAGUAAAGCUAAAUCGCUUCUGUUUUACAUCCAAUGUUUUUUCUGUGCGAGUCGUGCAGUAGUUAGAUUUUCAAGAGAUUUCAUAGACUACCUAUAUUUGUAAAUAAAUACUACCUAGAGAAUACCAGAUCACUUUGAGUUUACUUCUUAUGUACAAUUACUAACUAAUGUAAGUAAAUUCUGUGAAGACCACCUUUAAAAAUACAGUAUUUUGAAAGGUUUUCCUUGUUUGCAGGUGGUCUCUAAACACAGGAAAAUUUACUAUAUUUUUUGUUAAACAAUUAGUGAAAUCAGUGGCAUUUAUAAACAACUAAUAGUAGUGGCCUUUAUUCCAAGGUGGCCAUUAAGAACAGGUUUGACUGUAUGUGUGAUCUGAAAAAUCAAGAGGCAUGUCCCUUUAAGGAAAGCAGUCUUGAUGGGGUUUAGGUUUGAAUUUAGACAACAUUUUCUUGGCUCUUAGCUUUUUUGUGUUGGACACUUGUAUUGUCUCAAUAUACAUGUAAAAGCUAUGUCAUUCUAUUUUUAGCUCGACUAUUGCUAUUCUACUCACCCUGGCGUUGGCAUCACCUUGGUUAAGUUUUUGCAGGCAAGUACAAACAGCUAUCAUUUAAAGGCAUAUAGCUUUGAAACUUAUUUUUUCUUUUUUCUAGGUCAAUUACCAACCUCACUGGGUAAAGUUCCAUAACUCUGACAUGUAUUUUGAGCAAAUUAUGCCCCCUUUUGGACUUAGAAAAUUCUGGUUAAAGUUUUACAUGCAAGUACAUACAGCUAUUACUAAAAGGCAUAUAGCUUUGAAACUUAUUUUUUCCUUUUUCUAGGUCAAUUACCAACCUCACUGGGUAAAGUUCCAUAACUCUGACAUGUAUUUUGAGCAAAUUAUGCUCCCUUUUGGACUUAGAAAAUUCUGGUUAAAGUUUUGCGUGCAAGUACAUACAGCUAUUACUAAAAGGCAUAUAGCUUUAAAACUUAUUUUUUCUUUUUCUAGGUCAAUUACCAACCUCACUGGGUAAAGUUCCGUAACUCUGACAUGUAUUUUGAGCAAAUUAUGCCCCCUUUUGGACUAAGAAAAUUCUGGUUAAAGUUUUGCAUGCAAGUACAUACAGCUAUUACUAAAAGGCAUAUAGCUUUGAAACUUAUUUUUUCUUUUUCUAGGUCAAUUACCAACCUCACUGGGUAAAGUUCCAUUACUCUGACAUGUAUUUUGAGCAAAUUAUGCCCCCCUUUGGACUUAGAAAAUUCUGGUUAAAGUUUUGCGUGCAAGUACAUACAGCUAUUACUAAAAGGCAUAUAGCUUUAAAACUUAUUUUUUCCUUUUUCUAGGUCAAUUACCAACCUCACUGGGUAAAGUUCCAUAACUCUGACAUGUAUUUUGAGCAAAUUAUGCUCCCUUUUGGACUUAGAAAAUUCUGGUUAAAGUUUUGCGUGCAAGUACAUACAGCUAUUACUAAAAGGCAUAUAGCUUUAAAACUUAUUUUUUCUUUUUCUAGGUCAAUUACCAACCUCACUGGGUAAAGUUCCGUAACUCUGACAUGUAUUUUGAGCAAAUUAUGCCCCCUUUUGGACUAAGAAAAUUCUGGUUAAAGUUUUGCAUGCAAGUACAUACAGCUAUUACUAAAAGGCAUAUAGCUUUGAAACUUAUUUUUUCUUUUUCUAGGUCAAUUACCAACCUCACUGGGUAAAGUUCCAUUACUCUGACAUGUAUUUUGAGCAAAUUAUGCCCCCCUUUGGACUUAGAAAAUUCUGGUUAAGUUUUACAUGCAAGUUACUAUCUCCAAAACUAAUGCAGAUAUUGAAUUGAAACUUCGCAUGUGUCUUUGGGGUUAUAAAACUAGUUGAUAGCACCAAGUCCCAUAACUCUGACCUUCAUUUUGGCCAAAUUAUGCCCCCUUUUGGACUUAGAAAAUUCUGGUUAAAGUUUUGUGUGCAAGUACAUACAGCUAUUACUAAAAGGCAUAUAGAUUUGAAACUUAUUUUUUCUUUUUCUAGAUAAAUUACCAACCUCACUGGGUCAAGUUCCAUAACUCUGACAUGUAUUUUGGGCAAAUUAUGCCCCCUUUUGGACUUGGAAAAUCCUGGUUAAAGUUUUACAUGCAAGUUACUAUCUCCAAAGCUAAUGCAAAUAUUGAAUUGAAACUUCAUAUGUAUCUUUGGGGUUAUAAAACUAGUUGAUAGCAUCAAGUCCCAUAACUCUGACCUUCAUUUUAGCCAAAUUAUGCCCCCUUUUGAACUUAAAACUCUUUUGAUAUUUAACAUUUUGGUGAAUAUUUUCCUGCUUCUGGGACAAUAUUUCGAAUAGUCCAGCUUGGCUGUCCUACGGACAGCUCUUGUUAUAGCACACAACUCCGUCAAGAAUCUGAGGCUUGAGCAUCAGGACUGACUACAAUGUUCAAGUUAUCCCAGGCUAUUUGACUUAUAUUUUCUACAUGUGACUCCUCCUGUUGAAUUGACAUUUGUAUAAGGGUCCCAUUUAUGGCUUUUAUAAUGACCUGUCAACAAAUAAAAUUGAAAUUUAAAAAAAAAUGUCCAAAAUUGCUGAAAUUAACAAUACCUGAGAUAAUCAAAAUCAUUUUGUGACGAGAAAUUUAAAAUUAAGAUAUUUUUUAUUUUAGAAAAAUUCUAUUACCAUUUUCUGAGUUAUUUGAAAUACUGUAAAACAUGAAUUGAGCCGUGCCAUGGGAAAACCAACAUAGUGGGUAUGCGACCAGCAUGGAUCCAGACCAGCCUGCGCAUCUGCGCAGUCUGGUCAGGAUCCAUGCUGUUUGCUAAUAGUUUCUCCAAUUCCAAUAGGCUUUAAAAGCGAACAGCAUGGAGCCUGACCAGACUGCGCGGAUGUGCAGGCUGGUCUGGAUCCAUGCUGGUCGCAUACCCACUAUGUUGGUUUUCUCAUGGCACGGCUCAAUUGUAUUGGCUUCUGUUCAAAGAGAAAUUAAGGAAGACCUUGUAACGGAAAAGGUGUAAGUUGUGAAGUGUAGCUAAAGUAAAAAUACCCUGGCAUGAACCAAAGUAAAAUUGUUAGGUGUUUGGUUUCUGCAUUUUUAAUUUUGAACAACUUGUGGAGUGAUGGAAAUUGGAAUUUUUUAGAAGUUCAGCCAGAUGUUUCCUUUUAACAAGAUUUCUCAUACAUUUAUACAUGUAGCAAAGUAAAACAUUGAUUACAUUUUACUUCUAAUUGAAUCAAUCCUUUAAUGAGUUUUCUCUGGAUGAUGAAAGUGGAAAUGAAUUCUAUACAGUCCUAGGUAUUUAUGUUUGAACAUAUGUUACACAUUUAUGGCAUUCGUACAAUUACCUGUCUUUGUAUUUUAAUUGAUGUAGUAACAUUUUGCUGUAGUGUAUUGAUAUUUUCUAUGUACAUGUUACAACAAUGUUUUAUAGCAAAGUUUUGAAUUCACAGUAUGAGUUAUGUGAAUUUUGAUUGCUUAUUUUGUUUGUUUUUGCAGAAUACUUGAAUACUAGCUGUGAAAUAUUUAUUUCAGAUCAUCAUUUUGUUGUAUAAUUAUACUAGAUUAAAGAUAGUAAGCCAG